AGGGCGAAUAUUUAUGUUGGGGGAGGGGGAACUAUAUCCCCCCCCCCGGGUCCGCUGCAUAUGUGGGAGUAAAAGUGCUAGCUCUGCAGGUGAAUCCGAAAAGGUGAGAGGGGACGAGCGAGGAGAGAGGAGCGGCUGUCCCAAAGGCGAAGAGAACAUCCCGAAAAGAGGAGGCACGGCAGAGAUGACACCUGUCACUCGUCAAGAAGUCCUGAGCCUUUACCGCAAAGUAUUCCAAAUAGCCAAAACAUGGCAGUCAGCAUCUGGACAGAUGAAAGAGACGGAGAAAGAAAAACAGUAUAUUAUCAGCGAAGCUAAAACGUUGUUCCGGAAGAAUCGAAAUCUAACAGAUCCCGAGCUGAUUAAACAAUGCGUAGAGGAGUGCAAGGCGAGAAUAGAGCUCGGACUUCAUUAUCGCAACCCAUAUCCAAGGCCUAUUCAUUUGCCACCCAUGGGCCUCGCCCUGCCACAAGCCCGGGCGUUUCGCCAUCAGGAGAAGCUAAGGAAAAUCUCUAAACCAGUUUAUUUGAAAUCUCACGAUGAAAUUUCAUAGCCCCCUAAUCAAGCUGGGGUUGAUAUCGUCAAAGGCUAUCUGGCUGAUGCACUUGGCAUGAAGGACAGGCGAAAAUGAAAUUGGUAUGGUUACCACCGGGUGAUUUUUUGGAGGGGUUUUGUUUCCAAGGUUCGGGACUCCACUUGGUCCCAAGGAGAGAGGAUAAGGAUGAGCUAAAAUUGCCCUCUGUGAAAGAAAGCAGCAUUGUGGGAAAAUAAAGAUAUAGGGAAAAAAAACUCAGGAUCUCUGACCAGCCUUUUGUUGUACUUGGCUACAUAACCUCAUGUGCUAUUGAUAUAUAUAUUGCAGGAAGAAGUUCAACUAGCUGAGGAAUUCUCUCUUGAAUGCAAGCUGUGUGUUUGUUUGUUUGUGUCUGUGUAUUAUAAAUGCCCAUUUUGGUGGGGAGGGGGUGGCUGAUGCUAUAACAUUUGGCAAGUAAGUCCUGGAGUGGCUUAUUUUAAUUCUUUCAUUUCUUUACUUUGAUGAAAGCUCAAAGCAGCCACAAAAGGGGACGUUGGGAAUAUAAAAGUUAGUUCCAGGAGCUAAAAUUUUUAUUUUAUUCUCUUUUGAAAGGGGAAAGCAUGGUUUUCAGCCUUCCUUUCCCAACCAUGGAGCAAUGCUGCCAUCUCGUGGCCAACGAAAAGUGGUGCACAGAACAUCUUUUUCGUCCCUUUUUUUUAAGCAUUUUUAUGAACCCGAAAGGUGAGGUCGGAUUCACACGAGCCUCCCCGCUUUGUGACUGAUUCACACGUGACUGGGGGUUUGCACUGUGCAUUGAACUGGCUACUAAACCAUGCAGAAGGGUAGGCUCCAGCAAAGGAAUCUGAUCAUUGUUUUAUUAAUCAACCUUUUGUUAUAUCAUCUCCCAAGUGGGCUCCUGCUUUAUGUGGCUCUGAGUUCAAAUCCUCAUCACGUCCUUGGCAAAAUCAUCUCAUUAAUAAACGUUUUAUGUGUUAA